AUGGAAAGAAAAGAAAUCUGCAAACAGCAUCAGGCAUCAGCAUUAGAUUAGAAGUAGAAGUAGUUUGAAAAUAAUGCCAAACUUGGUGAUGCACAUAAGGGUACUAAAUGGGUAUAUGAUUAAAGACAUCUAUUUAGUUUGAACUCAUGUAAACUAAAUGUGGAGUUCCCACAAAUUAGUGUUAUCCACGUAUGUUGCCCAUGAGUGCAACAAUGGCUUUUCAAGUGGCAUCCAAUCAAGGAGAAAAAUUGCGUAAAGGGCCUUGGGUUGAGGAAGAAGAUGAGCAACUAGUAACUUUUGUGACCAUUUUUGGAGAUAGAAAAUGGGAUUUCAUCGCAACAGCAUCUGGCCUAAAGAGGAGUGGCAAGAGUUGCAGGCUGCGUUGGCUAAAUUAUCUUCGACCCAAUCUCAAGCGGGGUCACAUAAGUCCUGAAGAAGAGCAGAUUAUCAUCCAACUGCAUGAGCUCUGGGGUAACAAGUGGGCAAAGAUUGCUAGAAGAUUGCCAGGAAGAACUGAUAAUGAGAUCAAGAACUACUGGAGAAGUCAUCUGAAAAAGAAAAUAGAAGCUCAAGAAGGAAAUUUUCAGUGUAAAGCAGACAAUGCAAAAAAAGAUUUCUUGUAUCAGAAAGGUGAUACUGGUUCCUGGAAAUCUCACAUGGAAGAUUAUAAAUCUAUCAAAGAUAAUAUAGUGAUGAGUGAUUCUCCCUUGGAGCAGUAUGAGUUAUCAAGUUUGACAUACUUGAAUUCACCGUAUGAAACUAGGAUAUAUGAUUGGAUGUCAAUGUUAUCAAAUGAGCAAAGCGGAAUGAAAAUUCAUGGGGAUUGUGGCGGUUUUGGUUCCUGUUACUGUUAUCUGAUGAAAUGGAACGCUGAAGAUGGUGAUUCUAGCAUGUUGGAUACCUUGGGUUCUCUAUGGAAUAUGAACUGAGGCUUUUCACAUUUGAUUAAGAGAACUUCAAACUGUAGAAUAGACAUGUUAUUUCCUCGUAGCUAUGUCUGCUGAAUACCAACUUGUCCAUAUCAUUUCAAGUGUCACUUAUCCUCCAGAAUUGUGCAUUUCUGUUAUUCUUCUUGCUAA